AUGGCUCGUUCGACGUCGUACGGGAGGCGUCGUGGGAGGUGCAAAUGGUUCAACGUGGCAAAGGGCUGGGGGUUCAUCACCCCGGAAGACGGCGGCCAGGACGUCUUCGUCCAUCAAGUCAGUCCUUCCCCUUCUCUCAUUGGCUCUCCCAUGGCGGUUGCCAUGGAGACACGGAGAUGA